ACAAACGGCACGGGACACUUUGUAGAGCACAACAGCAGAGUUAAAAACAGCCAGCCAGCGGAGGCAAACCUCUGUAGCAUUCCUGUUUUGUUUUGAAAUAGAUUCCUUCCCAGGCUGUGAUCCGACAUUCCACUUAGCAGCCUGCAGUGAGUCAAGUGCUGACUGUAUAAUAUAUAAGCCCCAGGGCCUGUUCCAUAUCCAUGGAAAGAACUGAUUUCAAUGGGGUUUGACCCAACCUUGUAAUGUAUCAGAAAAGUAACCUUGAUAGUCUGUAGCUGCAAAACCAAUAAGGAGUCCAGUGGCACCGCAAAGACUAAUAGAUUUAUUUGGGCAUAAGCUUUCAAGGACAAAAACCCACUUCAUCAGAUGCAGAUAUUACACUCUGCAUUAACUUUAUAAUGAAAACCCUACAAUUCUUAAAUGCCAUUUAAAAUCUAGUCCGGUUUUUUCUAAAGUGUGUCAUUUCAGGACUAUACCUGCCCCUGCCAAUUAUUGUGGUUCUACAAUCACUUUGUUAUUUUAGCUGUUUUUCUUUCCUUAUUGCUGUGUGACAGAUCCACCCAUGCAAGAGGGGAACCCGUCAAUCUGAUUAUGCAGCGGAAAUAGCGAAACUGCAUUUACCAGCACUCUGUGUGUGGACAAAGUCACAGCAAAGAGGGAAAAACAUUAUUUUUCCUCCAAACUCAUAGUUCUAGAAAUGUUAGUUGGUAAACUCAUAUUUGGACAGAAUCAUGAUUUUUUUUUUAAAUUACUGCUCUACCUAAAGGGACGGUGCUUGAAACAUACAAGAGAUAUUAAAUUCAGAUCAAUGUCUGAUAAAUGUCUUCAGCGCCCUUAUUUACAAGUAGCAUCUUGCACCCAGGAGUGGUCCUAGUUAAGACCACAUACUCUCUCAUAUAAGCAAGGCACUGUUCAAAUCAAAUAAAGGUUGCAGAGCAGGUUGAAGUCCCAGAGUAUGCUACGGUACACUAGAUCCAUGCCAAGCUUCAUAUUUACAGGAAGUGUGACAAUCAGGUCUGACCAAUACUAUCCAAAAAGCUACGCAUCCACUGAUCAAAGUCCAUCCAUGUGCCUUCUGUGGAGAUCAAAAGCUAAGAAGCAUAAACUUUCAGAGUCAUUAAGGGACAGAACAGCCUCUAUCCUAGUCAGAAACAAAAAGCGCUUUUAAACAUUAACUCCUCAAGGCUAGCGAACGGCCAUGUACAGCUAAUUAGGCAAUCACAUUUUAUUUACCAGUGCCAAGCAGAUUUCCAAAGGGACUUUAGCUGUUUGUUUGCCUGGCUUGGCAAAAGGCAGCUGGUUAGACCUUGCAAUUCUACAUUUAUUUUCAUCCCCCAUGGAUUUGCUGUCUCUUGGUAGCACUGUAAAUUCUGCACCUCAGAAAAGUGGAAUUGCAAAAAUGGAGUCAGAGAGAAUCAAAUGUUGCUUAGGUUGGAAAAGUAGGAUUUGCCAUGGCAACCAGCCAGGCUGAUAUCCCAGCUCCUGCCAGACCAGAGCAUCUUCAUUCGUUAAUAAGUAAUAAGCUCUUCUAUAGCAUUCUUCACUGUAUAUCCCAAAGCGCUUUACACAAGAUGGGGUGGACACAUACUGUUCUCACCAAAUCAUCAAUGGGGAAAGCAAGGCAAACUGCCACAAGUCACAAAGAGCAAGCGACAGAAAUGGAACCCAGUGUAUGGAAUCGUGUCCCUCACUUCCAGGCCAAAGCCCCAACCACUGGACCGUGCUGUCCCUUAAAUACUUUCACUUUAUUCAGCGCUGUACAAGAAAUGAAAGAUACAGUCCCUGAUCAAAGGAUCAUCUCAGACCCACCUGCCAAGAACUGGUGAAUCUCACAUAUGGUAGACACCUUAUACUUUAAUAGCACUGUGUCAUUCACCUUGUGCCCUUUAGCUAUGAUCUGCCUUCUACAUGUUAGGUGGAAACAGCACAACCAGUAAAACAAUUACGAUGUUCCUACGCAUCUGCAAUAGGCCUCGGAGAAAAGCCUGCUUUGAACAGGAGCGUGCAGAAACCUUUCCCUCCCACUGCCAAAACCUGAGCUACCUUCAGCUGUUGUGACUGAAGAGAACAUUUAGCCUGCACUUGAAACUCCCUUUCCAAGCCCCGUUCUUUAAAACAACCCCUAAUCUUUGUGUCCUGCUGCAGAAGAGGGAGGGAAUCACUUCCCCUCUCAACAGUGAUUUUGCCCCUGCCGCUGUGACAAUACUUCCAAGUGCAGUUCUGCCACGCCAGCCAGCGAGGUGCUGCUGGGGGCAUAAGAGAGCCGGACAGGCACUCUCUGAUCCUGGGGAGUCCCGAAAUAGAAGACCCUGGCGCCAACUUCCUGUUGCUUCCCCCCAGGCGGCCAAUGGAAAAAGCAGAGGCAGCUGCUGCUAAAGCCCAGCCCAGCCCAAAUAAAGCCCAUGCGGUUCAGCCAAAAUGACUGCUUCGGACAGGAUACGGGGCAGAGAUGCAACGGGUUAAAUUCUACUCGCUGUAAAUUGAGGAACAAGACAUCGGAAUAAAUGAUACCCAGUAAAUUCCCCAGGAACUCAGGCCAUGGAAAGAUCAAACAAGCAAACCUGAAUCACGCUCAGAGACAGUCACUGUCUCAAAAGCUUUUUGACAGUAAACCCAACGACUGCACUGUCGCUGCCCAGAAGCUGAGAGCAGAGACGCGCUGAAAGGCAUAAGGCAGUGUUUCAGGAGCCCAGAUCACAGAUGGUGAUGGAGAACGUCUCCUCCUCUUCGCUGUUCUCAACCAGCUUCACCACUCAGCCCGAAAACUCCACUGCAUCCAAUUACUUCUCUGGCCUCCAAAAGAGCAUUCAUGUCCUUUCCAUGGUGGUCUACAGCAUUGCAUGUCUGCUGGGGGUGACGGGCAAUGGUCUUGUCAUUUGGAUCGCUGGCUUCAAGAUGAAGAAAACUGUAAAUGCCGUGUGGUUUCUAAACCUGGCUGUUGCUGAUUUCAUCUUCACUUUUUUCCUGCCCUUCAGCAUCACGUACACUGCCCUGGGCUUUCACUGGCCAUUUGGGAAGGUCCUGUGCAAACUGAACAGCACUAUUGCCUUCCUCAACAUGUUUGCUAGCGUCUUCCUCCUAACAGUGAUCAGCAUAGACCGGUGCAUUUCAGUGAUCUGUCCUGUGUGGUCUCAUAACCACCGGACACCCAAGUUGGCUUCCAACAUUGCCCUGGUCACUUGGCUUCUAGCCUUCGCCAUCAGCUUUCCAUAUCUCGUUUUUCGAGACACGGCUACUAAUUCAAAAAACGUCACCAGCUGUUACAAUAACUUUGCCCUGUCUGACAACUAUAAAGCUGAGGCAUCCCGUCAGCUGUGGAGAAUGAGGCACAAAACUAUGAUCAUAACCAGAUUUGUAUGUGGGUUUCUCAUUCCCUUCACUGUGAUCCUCAUCUGCUACAGCAUCAUUGGUGUCAGGAUGAAAAGGAACCAUCUAGCCAAGUCGACUAAGCCUUUCAGGAUUCUUGUUGCAGUCACCGUGUCAUUCUUCCUUUGUUAUUUCCCAUACCAUGUCUUCUGCUUGCUAGAAAUAUCUAAAAUCUCUUCCAACCAGGAGCUGAAAAUGGCCCUUUACAUAGGGAUCCCCUUGGUUUCCAGUCUUGCUUUCUUCAAUAGCUGUAUCAACCCCAUCCUCUAUGUCUUUAUGGGGCAGGACUUCAAGGAGAAGUUCCGACAGUCCAUCCUCUCAGCCUUUGAGGGGGCCUUCAGUGAGGACUCUAUCUUGACCUCUCUGGCCAGCAAGAGAAAAUCCAGAGCCACUUCUGAAGUAGAAGUUCCAGGGCUUUAAUCAGUAGCUAAUGACCCAAAUUUUAGUGGUAAAUUACAGGAGACCUAGCUCUGUCCUUUGCCUCACCAAUGCAGUUCCAAUGGAUUUCAAUCAGAGUUGUGUUUGUGUCACUGAAAGCAGAAAUGAUCUCUGGAUAGCAAAGAAGCAUGGCUUGCUGCAGUCUGGAAGUGCAAAACCUAGGGGGAUUUACACACCAAAGAGGUGAAACAGCUGGAUGGAGCAUGAAAAGCAACUGACAUAAAGUGGCAACCCACUGCCAUGGACACUUUCCACCAGGGGUGGGCAAUAAUUUUAGAAAGGGGGCCACUUGACAAAUUUCUGAAGUUGCCCCAGACUGCCCUGGAAGGGGCAGGGCCAGGAUGGUUGACAGGCUGCAGCUGGCCCCCGGAGGCUCUGUUGCUCACCCCUGCCUUACACUCUCCUAUUGGUUGCUUUUCCUACUAUUUCCCCCUUUUUCAUUUUCUUCAGUGUGUAAGUCACACUUAUUUUGACACACCUACAGAGCGUGUGCAAGUUACUGUUACAGCGCGAGUUACUGUUUUUGCCACUUCUGCUCAUUUUUAACUGGAAACAUAAGCACUGAAUGUGGUCCAGAGAAUUUAAUGCCUGCCAUGUUAUACUCAGUCAGCCUGCACCUGGCCCGUUAUUAUAGAUAAAGCUUGUCUCUUUUAUUGCCCUGCCUUCACUGAUUACCUGCAGCAGCAUUCCCUUUGAAAAAAAUCCAAUAUUUGCUUAGCAAAAUAUGUUCCACAAUAUCCAUGAUUAAAAGAUUAAGAUACAAUUUCAGGUUUCCUUUAUCUGCAGUCAAACCUUACCACUAUUCCAGUGGUCCCCAACCAUUUAAGGUUGA